GGCCUCGCCGACGCCUUGCACGCAAUUGAGACCGUAAACCCACCAUGAACUCUCUGCGCAUCGCUCGUGCGGCUCUCCGGGCGCGCCCUGCCGCCAUCCGCGCUCCGCUUCAGCGCAGAGGCUACGCCGAGGCCGUCUCGGACAAGAUCAAGCUCAGCUUGUCGCUCCCUCACCAGUCCAUCUACAAGUCCCAGGACGCCGUCCAGGUCAACAUCCCCGCCGUCUCGGGCGACAUGGGUGUUCUUGCCCACCACGUCCCGUCGAUCGAGCAGCUGAAGCCUGGAAUUGUUGAGGUUAUUGAGGAAAGCGGCACCAAGCGGUUUUUCCUUUCCGGUGGCUUUGCCGUUGUUCAGCCCAACUCUGCUCUGAGCAUCAACGCUGUUGAGGGAUAUCCCCUGGAGGACUUCAGCCCGGAGGCCGUCCGCGCCCAGAUUGCCGAGGCGCAGAAGGUCGCCAACGGUAACGGCAGCGAGCAGGAUAUUGCUGAGGCGAAGAUUGAGCUGGAGGUCCUCGAGACCCUCCAGGCUCACCUGAAAUAGAUGUACAAAGACCAUGACUCCGCCCUGUAGUAUACCAAGAUUCCCUAGUCCAAAGCUAUUCAUCUGGAAGCCCGUUGCUUUGAGCCGGCUGAUGAUUUUGAUUGCUGUUUGACGACCUAGCCUCAGUGACCGAGUGAUCAUGUCCCUCAACUCCAAUCUUGUUUCAAGGGCAGCUGACUGGUGCCCCAUGGUGUCACGAAGACGCGACCAACAGAAUGUGCCAGGUCAGCCCGGCUUCGCAAUCUCUUUACCCUCGAUAUUCGACACUCUUAUGCUUCACCCAACCACAGCCGAUUGACUCGCGCGCAGAGAUUGCCCGAGCCAGAGCAAUUGUCCUUCUCUGGCUCAUUUAAAGCUGGCACAGCCACUUCCACAGGUGAAUAGCACCUCAUCGGGUCACUCGAUUGCGGAACCGAGUCAUAGUCGCCUCCACAUUUGAUGCCCAGUUACUCAAGUGUUCUGCAAGGCUCUUCCCAAACCCGGUUUCACCCCAGCUCCAGCUUGCUUCGCCCUCCUAGAGCACCUAUACAACGUCGGUGCCCAGGGGAUCUCUGUAGCAGCGGUUCAGCUCUGCGCGGUGAGAACAAAUGAACAUCAACUGCUCCACGACUUUGCCCACACAUUCUAGCCC